CGUGCAAAGUGGAUCAGUCUCGCCCUUGUCUAAAAAGCAACACGCAAAGAACGUUGAGAGCAGUUAGAUUUCGAUAAUUUCUUGAAAGCUACUGGUCUAAGACAUAAUGGCGGACUCCGAGUGCGAAUGUCAAAGUAUUGCUAAACAAACGUCGCCCGAUCGCAGAAUCCCGACCUUAGACAACGAUUUGCGCGUCCGCCGAUUUCAACGCGGCGAUACGCGGCGAAUCCACAACCUUUUCUUGGAGGAGACAAGGUGCCUGAUUUGGCCGAUGUUUGCACAGACCGUCCGAAGUCCACCAGUGAUUUUUUUCCAUCUGUUUUUUAUGGUAGUUGGGGUGACGCUGGCCAGGUCUUGUAUUUUUGCCCUCUUUGGAGUGAUCCUGGUCGUCUGUGCUGUCUUUCUAUAUAUUUACCGGUGGUUUUAUCAAUACUUGACAAGUUCACUGAGAGGCGACUUGGCCAACAUCUCACAAUAUUAUCUUUCUAAAGCGAAGUGCACUUUCCUCGUGGCGGAAUUCGACAGCUCCAUCGUCGGCUUCAUCGCCGUUGAUCAAAAAUCUGAAACUAUGGCGAUUGUGACGAGAAUGUCUGUGGAUACUUGCUUCAGGGGAAGACGAAAACUGAUUGCCAAAAGACUACUACAGGAGGCAUUCAGGUUUUGCCAAGAAUGUGGCUACGAAGAGUUAAUGGUGGAAUUCCCUGGAUUAAGCAAGACAAAGAUUCACAGAUUACGUCACUGUGACGUGAAACCGACAAGGCAAGAGUUCUCUGUCGCACGACAAGGUUGAACGUCACGAAAAGACAAUUGCGUAACGUUGUUGCGUGCGACAUGAUCCUGUGACGUCACAAGGAGAGUUGCGUGAUCAUUCCUCCAGAGUGCUGUGACGUCACUAGCUUGCCUAACGCUUGGAGAGAAUUCCGUUUGAAGAACAUCAAAGUAAAACUAUAGAGACAGUCGUGUGAACUUAUUCCACGAGGUCAAUAGUUUAUACCUAUCGGUUAUUGAUUAUAAACAGCUUUUUAAAGGUUACUCCAAGCUUGGUUACUAUUGGGUUUUUAAUACUAAACUAUACCUAGAACCAUUUUCACCACGGCGAAAAAAUUACAGUAAACUUCAAAAGAACACUGAUCUUACAGUUACGGAGCUUUACACCCUCAAGUGGCAAGCGCGUAAAAAUUCAUCCAAACAGCACCGAUUUUGUCGUGCAUUUGAUUGGGUGAAGACGGCAAUGCCUUCUCUCUAAUGACUCUGAUUGGUUAACAAAUUUUCCCGCGAUUUUUCUAAGCCAAUCACUAAACGCGUUAAUCUCAUCGGUUUAGGAAAGCGCACCAUGUUAAGGCGACAUAAAUUAAGCUUGCCUAGUAGAUGAUACGGCGAACUUUUCUUAAGUUCUGAUGAAAAACGAAAAGGCCCAUAACAUAGCGAAGGCCAAA